UCAGUAAGGAGGGGUGUUACUAGGUGUGUGUAGAGGUGUGUGACAUGGGGUGAAACACACGAAGGGGUGAGAACCGAGUGGUGGUUGGUGAUGGCGCGUCCGGGGGAACUAGGAGCUGAUGCAUGGCUUACUACCGUUCAAGCGAGCAGUGCGCGAGUAAGCCAGGUGGUGGCGAAGCUGCGAUCAGCUGCUGCUGAAAGGAUAGUACCGUCGAUCUCGUGGAUCCAGAGUGUGCGGGAGUGUUUACUGGAGGUCACAUGGGGGUUGGAGGAGGGGUCGCCCCCCCCCCUGGAUGCGGUUACAGACUGCCCACGAUUGGACGACUUGAUGCGGCGCUACUACGAGGAGCUUGAGGAGGGGCUAGAUCUUUGCGCUACGCGGGAGGACCGCUGCUAUGAUGACGAUGACGACAUCAUUGAAGACGUUAACAACAUCAACCCCAACAUCGACAGCAAAGACAACAACAAUCUCACCCAUAUCGCCAUUAAUCACAACAACAACAACAACAAUAAUAACGGCGACGACUGUAAUCUCCGCGAAGAUGACGAUGACACACGCAUCCAAGUCAUUCAGGUCGUCGCCACCAAUAAUGACGCCGAUUUCGCUGGCUAUGAAGACAACAAUUACAAUAUCGAUUCAGAUGGGAGUGGUCGCUGGGUGCAGCGGGCUCCUCCCACGAUUCUUGCCAUAUUCGGUGGAGGGAGGCCUUUUGGGGAGGGGAUCAUUUUGUGCAUGUUCAUGAGUAUCUGGCGCUGUUUGUGCGGGCGAGAUAGCACUGCGUUGCUUCAGUGGGAUCCGGGUGGGAGGGUCGCAGGGUAGGACAGCAGCCUUGGGGAGGCCCUUCAUUUACCCUCCUGUGCUAUCUGGAGGGGGGGACUUUAAUUGGUAUACGUGGAACCCCGCCCGCCGGCCUAGGAUCUUCCUUCUCUGAUUUAGUAUCUGAAGAGCUAUCCAGGUCCACCCACUUCUAAAUGUCAAGGGAUGCUGGACCCGGUUUCCAGCAGGUGUUGCUCCCCACCAAUAGAUGGAGCCUCCCCGAGCAUGCUAGUGGUGUCUGCUCUUAUCAGCACCCCUACCAUUUACUCGAGCUUGAUUAAGCCAUAGCAGAAGAAAAGACGAGCACUGCAAAGUCGGCGGGGAGUGGAAACACCAUCCACCAAAAGUAUUCAAACAAAUAAGGGGAGCCGAG